AUGUCAGAUCAAGACAUCUCCGAUAGUCGAUACCGAAAUACAUCAGGUCAGCUCAGUACGUGUCAAACGGCCUGGCCACAGUAUCGAUCAUCCUGUUCCAAAAAUGUCGAUAUUCCUCCGCCGGCCACCUCUUAUUACCCUCCUCAACAAGUAGCACCUGCUCCUUAUCCUUCAUAUAGGAGUAAUGCAGGUAAUGACUAUCUUCAAAGCUUGACAACUUCGAUUUCAGAUAUAUCUUUGGGAAGUACACCUCAGAUUUGCACUCGUGUGAGCUACCAAAGACCAUCGUCCGGGCAUAAUAAUAUCGGUGCGAUCCACCCCCUGCCAUCGUUACCUGACCUCAAUAAGCAGCUUCCCACGCUUCCUUCUCCACCUUUGGGGUCAGUCGUUUCGUACGAUGAAAAUAGAACAUCUCCCUCCCCUUACUCUCCAAUGCCACCGCCUCAAUUCUACCUUGCCCCUCCGGUGCCACCUAGACCUACUUCCCUUCCACUCUACACCAAUCGAAUUCAGUCACCCCAUCCCAGUAUCUUCUCCCCAGCUACCAGUAGCCAGAAGCUGCCCUUCCUUGCCUCUAACGAUCAAACAAAGACCACCUCGACAUCUUCCAAGCCGACAUACAGAUCGCCAGUCAAGACCUUCAAGCCGUCAAUUCAUCCAUAUUCUGACUUCCAGCUAUUCAACGAGUCUCGACUGGAGCUCUCGAAAGAUCGCGAAUCGUUCCAGUCCCAGUCAGGUACUGUACACCCUACAUUUGACAUGAAGAAAGCCGAGACCAAGACACUCUUGGCUCCGGUGAAAAAGGACAAAGGCAAAUCCAGAAUCAGAAGGAAGAAUUUGGAUUUGGAAUGGCAAGACAUCAUCGAUCUCACUCUGUCUUCUUCUGGUUCCGAGUGUUGCCAUGAAAACGGCAAGGUCACUCCUCGUUCUCCGGCCCGCAGGAAACGGGCAACUUCCGAGCAACCGACUAGGAUUUCUGUAGCACAAAGUACUCCUUCACGCUCGACGAACAACAACAGGUUCUCGGAUAAGCCCGAUUUCAGCAAGGCAGUCCAGUGCUCCGGGUUCACUCGCUCAGGUCAGCCGUGCAAACGAGUCGUGAAAGCAUCGGCUCCGUACCUCUCCGCACGAGACAUGAACAUCGAAGACGGCGACGAGCGGAGUGACAAGGUGAUAGGGAGAUAUUGUAAAGACCACGCUGGGAUGAUAUGUCAGGUCGGCGGGUUUUAUGGGAGAGAUAGCAAUACUAAGGUAGGGGUCUGGAUUGAUUUUGAUGACUUCAUACCGUCUGAUCUGGGACAACAGACACAAACUCUCCUGAGGAUGACGAUGGAAAGUAAGCUUACACCGAAGGAGUCGCCAGGCUAUCUAUAUGCUUACGAGCUGAGAGACCUGGAAACCUCUACUUUGGCAUUCUUCAAAAUAGGCAGAACUGAUAACGUACCACGCCGUAUCGGUGAAUGGUCGAACCAAUGUCAAUCAAAGACUCCCACUCUGCGCGACAUCUUUCCGCUCCCACUUUCUAAUACGGAUCGUCAAGCAUCUGCAGGUCUUCAUCGAUCUGGAACUUUGACUACGUCGUUCCUGCCUGGUGCGACAACUCAUCGGAAUCCGCCUUCCAAAGCUAUGAAAAGAUGGGAACGGCUCGUACACCUCGAAUUGUCCGAUCGAGCCUCUGUGCAUCCUGAUAGCAAAAAGGCUUUCGAGCAAGUUAGAGAGAAAUGCACGGAUUGUGGCCUGGCCCAUAGAGAGAUUUUUCCAUUUCACAAGAAUGUUGGCGAUGGUCAAGCCUAUGAGCAAACGGUGAUGGAAGUCAUAUGCAGAUGGGAUUCGUUCAUCAGGCGUAUCACUGAAGACUCAUAG